GUGUAGCGUUUAUGUAUGUAAUUGCAAGUGUCCCAGUCCCAUUUUGCAAUUACAUUUAUAUGUGCACAUACAAACGUACAGAGGUGUUUUUUUUUUUUGUAUAUGCUUGUGUGUCGUCUGAUAAGACAGAUGUGCCACCCCGAAAAAAAAACACACUUACUAAAUAAUAUGCUGCAACAACAACAACCCCGUGUGUGUGUGUGCAAGUGUGUGCGUGUGUAGCCUUGAUGCAGCGCCCACGUUGAAAAAAAAGAAGAAUAUAUGCAGUUAAAAAAAAAAAUACGAUUUUCUGUAUUCUCCAAUUUGCGCGUGUGUGUGCGUGUGUGUUCCAUUGUUUGGCAGCGGUGUUUUUGUAUUUCCAUUUCAUUUAACCUAUUCUUCCAACGGGAAGAAUAUCGGGAACGAUAUUUCCAAUUUCCUGUCGCCAUCGCUCUUCGGCUCCUCUUCUUCUUCCUGCUCAUCGCAUUUAACCCAUUGCUGCCCGUUUCAAGUGAAUUUUCCUACGCGGCAUUUGUGUUAGGGUUGAUUUUUCACCACGUGGUGAGCGGAUAGACACGAGAUAAUCAUAGUAAAUCCAUCAAAAGGCCCAGGAAAUCGUGAGGAAGCGAACGAGAGAAGCUAUGACGGAUGCACAGAACAUCCACAUACAAAAUGGUGGCAGCUGCGGCGAGGUGGUUCAAUCCAACGGGGUGACCACCAACGGACACGGACACCACCACCACCACAGCAGCAGUGGGAGCAGCGGGAGCAGCAAGCAUAAAUCCUCCAGCAAGGACAAGCACCGUGAUAAGGACAGGGAGCACAAGAGCUCCGGAUCCUCCAGCUCGUCGAAGGAUCACAAGAGCAGCAGUCGCGACAAGGAUCGCCACAAAAGCAGCAGCAGCAGCAGCUCGUCGUCGAAGCAUCGGGACAAGGACAAGGACAAGGAGCAUCGCAGCAGCUCUUCGUCUAGCCACAGGGACAAGGAUGGGAGCAGCAGCAGUAGCAGCAGCAAGCACAAGUCCUCGUCGUCAUCAUCGUCCUCGUCCGGCCACCACAAGAGCUCCUCGAAGGACAAGGAGCGACGCGACAAGGACAAGGAUCGCAGCAGCAGCAGCAGCAGCAGCUCCUCCAGCCGGCACAAGUCAUCCUCAUCCUCGUCCAGUUCCCGUGAUAAGGAGCGCAGCAGCAGCAGCAGUCACAAGAGCUCCUCCUCAUCGUCAUCCUCGUCAUCGAAGAGCAAACAUUCCAGUUCGCGGCACAGCAGCUCGCAGUCCUCCUCCUCGAAGGAGCCGCCAUCGUACGAUGGAGUGUUUGUCAAGCCGGAGCCCGUUUCGCAGCCGCUGAUGCAGCAGCAGCAGGAGCACUCUGGCCCCAUCGAUCCCUUCCACAUGCAGCAGCUCAUCAAUUGCAAUGGCAAUGGCAAUGGCAACGACUACAAGAACGGCUACGAGGAAUCGAUUGUGGACAUCAAGAAGGAGGACGAGAGCUUCAACAAUCUAUCGCAGGCGAGCUCCUGCGACUACUCCAUGUCCCAGUUUCGAGCCGAUGAGCCGGCAUUCGAGGUGAAGCACGAGCAGAGCUACGCCGAGGAGGAUAGCACCAUGAACGACAAUGAUCAGGACGAGGAGGCUGAUAACGAACCCGAGGAAAUGGACAACGACAACGAGGAGGAGGACGACGAUGAGGAGGAUGUGCCGCUGGCCAUGCGUAAGCGCAAGCAGGAGGCACCCGAUCAGGCCGAUGGCGGCAUGGAUGACGACGACGACGACAUUCCGCUGCUGGCGCGCAAGAAGGUCAAGAAGGAGCCCAAGGAGAAGUCGAAGAAGAACAAGCGGGUCAAGGAGGAGCCCGACGACGAGUACGGCAGUGUUAAGCCCAAGAAGAAAAAGAUCAAAAAGGAACACGAAAUUAAGACCGAGGUCGUAUCAUCAUCGCCCACCAAACGUCAGAAGGUCAAGGAGGAGGAGGAGGAGGUGUGGAGAUGGUGGGAGGAGGAGAAGCGCGCAGAUGGCGUCAAGUGGACAACGCUGGAGCACAAGGGACCCGUUUUCGCACCGCCCUACGAGCGGGUGCCCCGCAAUGUGCGGUUCUACUACGACGGCAAGCCACUGGAACUCUCCGAGGAGACGGAGGAGGCGGCCACCUUCUAUGCGAAGAUGUUGAAUCAUGACUACUGCACCAAGGAUGUGUUCAACAACAACUUCUUCAAGGACUUCCGCAAGUCGAUGACGUCCAAGGAGAAGGAGAUCAUCAAGGAUUUCCGCAAGUGCAACUUCCAGGAGAUGUUCAACUUCUUCCAGGCGGAGUCCGAGAAGCGCAAGGCGGCCACCAAGGAGGAGAAGCUGAUCAAGAAGAACGAGAACGAGGCGCUGAUGAAGGAGUUUGGCUUCUGUAUGAUCGACGGCCACAAGGAGAAGAUUGGCAACUUUCGCCUGGAGCCUCCCGGCCUUUUCCGUGGCCGUGGCGAGCAUCCCAAAAUGGGCAUGAUCAAGCGUCGCAUUCAGUCCAGCGAUGUGUCCAUUAACUGCGGCAAGGACUCCAAGGUCCCCUCGCCCCCAUACGGAUCGCGGUGGAAGGAGGUGCGCCACGACAACACGGUCACCUGGCUGGCCUCCUGGAUCGAGAACGUGCAGGGCCAGGUCAAGUACAUCAUGCUGAAUCCCUCCUCGAAGCUCAAGGGCGAGAAGGAUCACAUUAAGUACGAGACGGCACGGCGACUGGACAAGGUGAUCGACAAGAUUCGGGCCACCUAUCGCGACGAAUGGAAGUCGAAGGAGAUGCGAGUGCGCCAGCGGGCGGUUGCCCUCUACUUUAUCGACAAGCUGGCGCUGAGAGCGGGCAACGAAAAGGACGAGGAUCAGGCGGACACCGUCGGCUGUUGCUCGCUGCGCGUCGAGCACGUCCAGCUGCACAAGGAGCUCAACGGCAAGGAGAACGUGGUGGUGUUCGACUUCCCCGGUAAGGAUUCCAUUCGCUACUACAACGAGGUCGAGGUGGAGAAGCGCGUCUUCAAGAACCUCGAGCUGUUUAUGGAGCACAAGAAGGAGGGCGACGAUCUCUUCGAUCGCCUCAACACUCAGGUGCUCAACGAGCAUCUCAAGGAGCUGAUGGAUGGACUCACGGCCAAGGUAUUCCGUACGUACAACGCUUCGAAAACACUGCAAAGCCAGCUGGAUCUGCUCACCGAUCCGGGUGCCACGGUACCGGAGAAGCUCUUGGCCUACAAUCGGGCCAAUCGCGCCGUGGCCAUCCUGUGUAACCAUCAGCGUUCCGUGCCCAAGGGCCACGAGAAGUCGAUGGAGAAUCUGAAGGAGAAGAUCAAGACCAAGCGGGAUGCCAUCGAUGAUUGCGAGGCUGAAUAUCAUGAUUUAAAGAAGGCCGCCAAACGGGGAUCCGUGAAGGAGAAGGUCAAUGCCGACAAGAAGGGCAAACAGCUGGAGCGCCUGAAGGAUCAGCUGAAGAAACUAGAAUUACAAGAGACUGAUAGAGACGAGAAUAAGACCAUUGCCCUGGGCACAUCUAAGCUAAACUAUCUCGAUCCACGCAUAUCGGUGGCUUGGUGUAAAAAGAACGGAGUGCCGAUCGAGAAGAUAUUUAACAAAACGCAAAGAACCAAAUUUCUGUGGGCCAUUCACAUGGCCGAUGAGCAUUAUCGUUUUUAAAUUGGGUUGUUAUCCUCACAGGCACGCCCACCCACACACACAGAUACGCCCCCCUCUCACACACACAAAGAAGCAUAGACAGCGCAGGUUGAAAGACUAGGAACCCGAAGACACUUUGCCCCGAAAAGUUUAUGCAAACAGUAGUGCAUAUGUUCAGCUUUUCGGUUUUCGGUAAAGGCAUUUCGGGAUGAUUAUACUGCUCCUCCCCCAGAAAAGAAAGGGACGGAUGUAUUCUAGGGAUAGGGAUCUGGAUCUGCGUCUGUUUUGUCUGCUUUGGAAAAACAAAAACGUUUGAUUGUUUCAAGUGCGCGCACUACGCUGAAGUCUAACUUGCGAAAUGUACACACCAAAAACAUGCCACACACGCGUUCACACUUCUAUAUUGAUAUAUAUAUAUGGAUAUAUAUAUUUUAAACACAAUAUAUAUAUAUAUAUAUUAUAUACGAGACAACAAUUUAAAUAAACACCAAGAGAAGAAGAGAAACCUGUGCAAGACGUCGCCGCCACCUAAAAACAAAAUAAGAGCAUAAUUUUCUAUGUUUUACCGUCUACAAAAGAAGCAACAAAUUUUUUCUUUUUUUUUUGUCGUCAAAACUCUGCUGACUUCUCUUAUAUAUUU